GAGAGAGAGAGAGGCCAUUGAAAUCUUUCAUAUUUUCGCAGUUUCUCCUUUGGCUAAAGGAAUUCAAAUUCCUGUAGACAAAAAGAGCGAGAAAAUUUCAUAUUUAUAAUACACAAACAAAAGAUAAAGGAAUUCGAAUUCCUGAGAAAGAAGAAAAAAAGCAAUGGAUUUGGAUCAGUGGAUAGCAAAGGUUAAAGAAGGGCAGCACCUUUCGGAAGACGAGCUUCAACUUCUUUGCGAAUACGUAAAAGAAAUCCUCAUUGAGGAGUCGAAUGUGCAGCCUGUCAAUAGUCCAGUAACCGUCUGUGGUGAUAUCCAUGGCCAGUUUCAUGACCUGAUUAAACUUUUUCAGACAGGAGGUUACGUACCGGAUACAAAUUACAUUUUUAUGGGAGAUUUUGUUGAUCGAGGUUAUAAUAGUCUUGAAGUUUUCACUAUUCUUCUGCUGCUUAAGGCAAGGUAUCCAGCUAAUAUCACUCUCUUGCGGGGGAAUCAUGAGAGCAGACAGUUAACUCAAGUUUAUGGUUUCUAUGAUGAGUGCCAGAGGAAGUAUGGAAAUGCUAAUGCAUGGCGGUAUUGCACUGAUGUUUUUGACUAUCUUACACUUUCUGCAAUUAUAAAUGGGACAGUACUAUGUGUACAUGGUGGCCUUUCUCCUGAUAUACGUUCAGUCGAUCAGAUGAGGGUAAUUGAGCGGAACUCUGAAAUUCCUCACGAAGGCCCAUUCUGUGAUCUCAUGUGGAGUGAUCCUGAAGAUAUUGAAACAUGGGCAGUCAGUCCACGUGGAGCAGGAUGGCUAUUUGGGUCCAGAGUCACAUCGGAGUUCAACCACAUAAAUAAUAUCGAACUUGUUUGUCGAGCUCACCAACUUGUGCAAGAAGGUCUCAAGUAUAUGUUUGAAGAUAAAGGCCUAGUAACUGUGUGGUCUGCACCAAAUUAUUGUUACCGUUGUGGGAAUGUAGCUUCUAUAUUGAGUUUCGAUGAGAGUAUGGAGAGAAAAGUGAAGUACUUCACUGAAACAGAAGAGAAUAAUCAGAUGAGAGGACCGAGGACCGGAGUCCCUUAUUUCUUGUAAUCGAAGGGAGUGAUACAUUCUGCAGUAGUUGUAAUAUUAUCCAGGCACAUGAUUAUUGAAAGAAUGUAUCGGAGGAGGAAAGCGUUGAUUACUUAAAAUGAUUUCGGCUUCGUCCUUUGAUUUCGUCUUCAUUUUCACAUUCGGGUUUUUGUUAAUAGCUGCUGCCUGCUGCAGUGCUGCUGCUACUUGGUGUUUAGUUGGUAUGUGGGUGUUUCAUUUUAUGUAUAUUGCUUCAUCUGAUCUCUAAUUCUAAAAAAUGGUCAUUUUUUCCUUUA